CCUCAAACAUCUCUCUAUCGCCUUCCUCCUCGCACAUACUGACAUCCGACAUUAUUUACUCUCAGUUUGCGCGGAUGUUGUAUCUAAAGAGGCCUGCUCGCGUCCUUACGACGCGCCGAUAGUCGACAACUCGCAGAAAGUUUGCACCAAGGAAGCCAUGGCUUUCAGGGCCAACGAUAUCGUCAAAGAAUGGGUGUCACAGGAAGAAGCUGCGGAAUUACCCCUGCAGUGGACCAAACUGAGCGACGCAGAAAAGAAUUCCAUAUUCGACAGAACUACAGAGGAAAAUGGUAUCGAACGUCCCAAGGGACAUAAUGUUUCCUUCCACUACAACGCUCGAGUAGAAUAUCAUCAUUUCGGCAGAUCACAUCCAAUGAAACCUUGGAGAUUGACGUUGACGAAGCAACUAAUACUGGCUUAUGGGCUUCACAAUGCGAUGGACCUUUAUGAGUCGCCACAGGCCACGCUAGACGAUUUGAAUGCGUUUCAUGGGCGGCCUUAUCUCAAUUUCUUGAAACGUAUAAGGGUAGAUACUAAAGAAGCAGACGAAAAUCGGGAAGAUUUGGAAACUUUCGGCUUCGGCGGCGAAUACAACGACUGCCCAGUAUUCGACGGCCUCUGGGACUACGUCACUAUAUACACAGGCGCGACCAUGGAAGCCGCGCGACAUCUCUGUAAUCAAACUUCUGAUAUUGCCAUCAACUGGUCUGGCGGUCUUCACCACGCCAAGAAGAAUGCAGCUUCUGGCUUCUGCUACAUCAACGACAUCGUCCUGGCAAUCCAUCACAUGCUAAAGUAUCAUCAACGUGUUCUGUACAUCGAUAUUGAUGUUCAUCAUGGUGAUGGCGUUGAACAAGCAUUCUUCUCGACCCCUCGAGUCUUCACUCUUUCAUUCCAUAAAUUUGGCGACUCGUUCUUCCCUGGCACAGGGGACAUCCACGAGACCGGUCCCACUUACAGAGGCAACCCUGGCACGGCACAUGCACUCAACAUCCCGAUCGACGAUGGGAUAGAAGACGAUCAAUAUAAAGACCUCUUUGAAUAUGUGACAGCCGAAACAAUCCAGAGAUACCAACCUACAGCAAUCGUUCUCCAAUGUGGUGCUGAUUCCUUGGGUGGGGACAGACUGGGGAAGUUCAACCUCAAUAUCAAGUCCCAUGGUGCUUGUGUCGAGUUUGUGAAGAGGUAUAAUCUUCCGUUGAUGAUCCUUGGUGGUGGUGGAUAUACACCACGGAACGUAGCACGUACCUGGUGCCACGAAACUGCUGUGUGCGUAGAUGCUACGCUGAGCAAUGAGCUCCCAGAAUAUGUUCCUUACGCCAAAGCUUUUUAUGGAGAGGGUAAUGGGAACAACAAGCUCUAUCCCUCGCUUGACAAUAUCGAAGGUAAAUACCACGAGAAUAAGAACGAUGCAAAUGUCAUAAGGAUGCUCAAGGAGAGAGCGGUGGAGAACCUAAGGUUGAUGGAAGGCUGUCCCUCAGUGAGCGACAAUUUCAAGAACUUGCCCAUGGAUGUUAUCGAAGCUCUAAUAGAUCGGUAUAACGAACGGAAACCAGCGCUUGAAAAGGACUAUGACGAGGCCGACGGCGAGCAGUCUGAAAUCGGAUCUGAGACUUCCCGAAAAAGGAAAGAGAGAAAUAUCGGGGGGCGUUCUGAGCAUCGUUUUCGUUGAUACCCAUCGAAUACUACACAAGCCAUAUUAGAGAGCCAGCAAAAUCACCGAGAAAGUCUGGCCUCAACUUCUUGCUAAUCCUCGGGUCCCAAUUCGCGAUUGGUAUCAUUCCCGCCCGUAUAGAGAUCACAAUCUCGUUACCUCCUAGAACAUGCUGGCCAUCCAGAGAAUGGCCCAAAAUAUGCUUCUAGGAGAGCAGACCAUGGUCGAUCUGUAGCGCAGAAGAUCACGUACAUAUGUAAAUACAUCAGAUACCCAAGAAGUCUCGAAACUUCUCAUGCUCGUCGUCCUUUGGGACGUCGUUGUAAUCCUAAGGAAGGCAAGAGAAGAUGCUGUAGUAAAACUUCUAAUUCUUCCUUCCGCGUGCAUUUCUUUGAAACAAAACACAGGACAUACUGGUCAAGUCACAUAUGUUCGCAAUUUUGUAUAGUAUAGGCAGCAG